AUGCUCAUCCAGAGACAACAAAGAAAGAAAGAAAAGGGAAAACCACAAAUGCAGACCUUUGUAAAUAUUUUUCUGGGAUUCUUUAUCUUUGAGUCUGUUGGAGCUGCACCUAUCGCUGAUACCAUAACUUAUGAUUCUGAGUUCUAUGACAUACCACUUGAAGAGCUGCCUCACCCAUUUGUCUAUGAUGAAAACAAGCAGUUUGACCAAGUAAAGGCCGAGACUGGGACAGCACUACCUUCUAUAAUUCAAGAGAUUUAUUCUUCUGCACCAUUGACAGAAGAAACUGAGGACGAAGCAUCAACACUAAAAUUAAUUGAUGGGUCUUCAGCACAGGGAUCUGGGGUUCUUGGACUCCAAACUCAAGAUGGUCUUCCCACUUGCCUUUUGUGUACAUGCCUAGGAACUACAGUUUACUGUGACGAUCGCGAGCUUGAUGCUGUUCCACCAUUGCCUAAGAAAACCAUGUAUUUCUAUUCACGCUACAACAGAAUCAGGAAGAUCAGCAGAAAUGACUUUGCUAACUUAAACAACUUAAAAAGGAUUGAUUUGACUGCAAACUUUAUAUCAGACAUUCAUAAGGAUGCCUUCCGAAGAUUGCUCCAACUUCGGGAGCUGGUGCUCCGUGACAACAGAAUAAGGCAACUCCCUGAGUUACCAUCUACCUUAACAUUCCUUGAUGUUAGUAAGAACAGGCUUGGUCACAAAGGAAUACGUAAUGAGGCAUUCAAAGAUCUGAAUGAACUGCAGCAUCUUUACAUCACUGACAAUAACUUGGAUCAUAUUCCCUUGCCGCUCCCUGAAAGCCUCCAAGCUCUUCAUCUUCAGAACAACAAUAUUCAAGAGAUACAUGAAGAUACUUUCUGCAAAAUGAGAGAUUUUACUUAUGUACGUAGGGCUCUUGAAGACAUCAGACUGGAUGGCAAUCCCAUUAACCUGAGCAAAACACCUUAUGCAUAUAUGUGUCUACCCCGUUUGCCAGUUGGUAACCUCAUCUAAGCUUUGACAGCUGCCUAUACUGUCAUAUGCUACCAGAAUCUCAAAAGACAAAUCAUUAACUCACUGUUAAACUAAGAUGAUUUUUUC